UCCAGACUGCAGCGAGUGACGCUGGUGGGUGACACAAGGACCGUGCUCGGUCACGCAAACUGGCAUUGCAAGCAGUCACACUUUUGACCAAGACUGACAUUAGCGGACUAAAAAAAUAUACGAGAGAAGCUUUCCGAUUGACUCUCAAAAUAUAGACGCUUAGUCGAAGAUUAAAGGCGCAGUAUUGUGAUAAAUUUGUUUUCAAAGUCAAUUUCACUAGCAGAAGAUGUCCCCGUUUGCCUGUUUGCUUCUUUUCUGCGUCUUCCGUCCAACGCUCUCCACCUGGUUUGAAUCCGAGGAUGUUGUACCUGUUCGGAUAAACGGAAGAAUUGGGGGUCGUUUUUGGAAAAGAAGCGAGGACCAGGAGAGAGUCAUUCUCAACGCAUUUGGCAAAGAGAUGACCCUCAAUCUUGUCCCCGACAGUAGUUUCAUCUCGCCUUAUUUUACCAUCCAGCGCCUCAGAGCCAAAGAUGUUUUGCGCAGCGCCUCAGGUGCGCAACAUUCCCUGGUUGAGGAGAUCCACAAAUUAAAAAACCGGACGAGUGAGAGUGAAGGACAGCUGAGAAGUUGUUUCUAUUCAGGGAACGUUGAUCAAGAUCAACACUCGCUCGUGGCUCUGAGUUUGUGCUCCGGCGUCCAUGGCUCCUUCAUAACACAGGGGACAGAGUACCUCAUUGAGCCCAAAUUUCGAAGAGGCCUGGGGUCACACUCGGCUGAACAGCUGCAUGUGAUCAAGAGGAGGACUUUGUCCAAAAGCCACGUUGUCCCUUUGCAAUUCGAUCACGCGGCCGAAGCUAGUGGACUGCAACACAAGUGGCAAGCUUUGGGUGAUGUCGGUGACGCACGGAGGGAACCUCGCCGGCGACGCUUCGUUUCCGCGCCACGGUUCAUAGAGACGCUGGCAGUGGCAGAUUCCAGCAUGACCCACUUCUACGGGGACGAAAUAAAGCAUUAUAUUUUGACCUUAAUGUCAAUGGCUGCCCAGCUGUACAAGCACCCGAGUAUAAAGAAUUCAGUGAAUUUAGUUGUGGUGAAGUUGCUGGUGGUAGAGGAUGAGGAGGUCGGGCCAGAGGUCUCCAGCAAUGGAGGGGUCGCUCUCAGGAACUUUUGCUCCUGGCAGCAGCUCUUCAACCCGCCAAGUCAGAGGCAUCCAGAGCACUAUGACACUGCACUCCUCUUCACUAGAGAGGACAUUUGUGGACAAAAGAGCUGUGAUACGUUGGGUGUUGCCGAUGUAGGGACAAUGUGUGAUCCCAAGAGAAGUUGUUCUGUUAUAGAGGACAACGGUUUGCAAGCUGCUUUCACUGCAGCACAUGAACUUGGUCACGUGCUGAGCAUGCCACAUGACGACUCCAAAACCUGCGAGAGGAUCUUUGGGGAUCUUGGUGGACAUUAUUUGAUGGCCCCUUUGUUUGUUAGCCUCAAUAAAACUACGCCUUGGUCUCCCUGUAGUGCACUCUACAUCACAGAGUUCUUUGACAAUGGUCAUGGAGACUGCUUGCUUGAUGUUCCAGAGAGCAGUUUGCCAUUACCAAAGGAGCUUCCAGGAAGCAAAUACAACCUAGACCAUCAAUGCCAACAGAUUUUUGGAGAGGAAUUCUUCCAUUGUCCCAACACAACAGACAAUGAUAUUUGCAGCCAGCUCUGGUGCCAAGAGGAUGGAACAUCCCAGUGCUCCACAAAGAAUGGCAGUCUGCCCUGGGCUGACGGCACCCCUUGUAGUCUCAACAGGACAUGCCUCCAUGGAGUGUGCAUGCCGACAAAGGAGGUGCUGGAGCCACUGGUGGUUGUGGAUGGUGGCUGGAGCACGUGGGGACCGUGGCAACAAUGUUCCAGGACAUGUGGAGGUGGAGUAGAGUUCUCCUAUAGGGAGUGUACAAACCCUGAGCCUCAGAAUGGGGGCAACUAUUGUGAAGGACAAAGGGUUCAGUACCAGUCCUGUAACACACAGCCCUGUGACAACAAUGGUAAGAGUUAUCGAGAGGAACAGUGUGAGAAGUACAACAGUCCAAAUUACCUGGACUACAAUGGCAACAUGAAACAUUGGAUACCAAAGUAUGCUGGCGUGUCUCCGAGGGAUAGAUGCAAACUAUUCUGCCGGGCCAGAGGCAGCAGUGAAUUUAAGGUGUUUGAGUCCAAGGUAGUUGAUGGAACACCCUGUGGUCCUGACACCACAUCAGUUUGCGUCAAAGGCCAGUGUGUGAAGGCAGGCUGUGAUCAGGUGAUAGGAUCCAAUAAACGAGUGGAUAAAUGUGGCGUAUGUGGAGGAAAUGGGCUUUCCUGCAGGAAGAUCACUGGGUCCUACAACAAGGCAAUCUAUGGAUACAGUGACAUCGUCACAAUUCCUGCUGGUGCAACAAAUAUUGAUAUUAAACAACGGAGCCACAGAGGAAUCAAACAUGAUGGGAAUUAUCUGGCUAUCAUGAGAGAGAGUGGAAGUUACAUCCUUAAUGGAAACUUCUCAGUAUCAACAGUGGAGCAAGACAUUCCUGUACUUGGUGCUGUGCUGAAAUACAGCGGAUCCUCCACCUCUUUGGAGAGGAUCCAGAGCUUUAUGAGGCUAAAAGAAGCCAUCGUUAUUCAGCUCCUUGCGACAGCGGGGGAUACCAGUCCACCCAAAGUGAAAUAUUCCUUUUUUAUCUCUAAAGAUGUUGCUUUUAAAUCAAAGGAGAAGAAGGGUUCCUCAACAUCUUUGCAUAUGAUUCAUCCUUUCACUGUGCCAGACUGGGUUUUAGGAGACUGGUCUGAGUGCUCGAAGAGCUGCGGGUCCGGGUGGUCGAGGAGGAAUGUCGAGUGCAAAGACAGUGCAGGCUUUCCCUCAAGUCUUUGUGAUAAAGACUUGAAGCCCAUGGACAUCCGGGCCUGCGGGGACCAGCCCUGUCCAAUCUGGCAGAUGGGACCCUGGUCUGCCUGUUCACGAACUUGUGGUCAGGGCGAACGUCGCCGCAGCAUCUUCUGUAUAGACUACACUGGCAAAACUGUUGAACCAGAAAAGUGUGACGCUAUUAAAAAACCUGCACCUGUCUCUGGGGAAUGUUUUAACCUUGAGUGCUUAUGAAGAGCAUUGGUAAACUGACAAAUUCUCCUUUUGAUCUGACUGCACUUAUCAACAGAUUACAUCACAUCACAAUAAGUGCAUUUGCCUGAGUAUGGUUUUGCCAUCUUGUUUUUGGACAAUCACUGUUGAAAGUAACCAAUGGAAAACUACCUCAGAAAAGUAUUGAGAUGCCGUUUAGAGAUGCUAGAUCAAGGUGCUGUGUUUAAUUUUCUCCACUUUAAAUGAUAACUAAUUUAUUGGAGUUAUAUUUAGUCUAGUUUACCGUAUAGAUUUGUAAAUUAGCUCUCAUUUAUAGUGGGGCUAGGAAAAUGGCAUUAAGUCCUCUAUUUUGCAGCGUGGUGUAAAUAUACUGUAAAUCUAUCUUGCCAUACAGACUUCCAAAGAACUCACAAAACUAGGCUGCUUCAAUUUCAUGUUUUAUCUCAAUUGUUGAUGUAGGUUAGUUUAGUGUGUUGUGGUUUUAAGCUUUUUUGGCGUGUGAUCCAGUUUCACUGCUUCCCAUUUCUACACAAAGGUGAUUGAUUAUGUCAAGGAUUGUAAUUAUAAUAAUACCCACCCAACUUGGUUUCAUGAGAAAGCUAUUCAUUGACUGCAUAAUAUGUUUUUUACCUGGGCCCCGAAGAACUAUUUCACUACUUUUAGACAAAUAAAUCGUUUUAGUGCAAAACUCAAUUCUGUAAAAUGUUUUGUGAGAAGACUUUCCCUGCCCUGUACUUUCUUUUCUGCUUUAUGUCGCAGUUGAGGGCAUCUGGCUUACAAAUGAUCUUUAGUACAUAGUAAAUAAUAAUACAUACUUUAAUACGUUUCAAAAAACAAAAAAAGAACCUUAUUUAAGAUGCAUUUCAUUUUCAUGUCUCUCAUGCCUCAACAAUGUCGACAUUCAAAUGUAAAGAUUUUUUCUAUGUUUAUAUGUAUGAUUUUUAUUCUUCAUUCCUGUUAUUUUACAGUUUGUUAAGAGAAAGAGGGAGCAUUAGGCCUUUAUCCCUUCAAUGAAGGACAAAAGUGUUUUGUAAUAUCAGCUUCCUUUUAAGCUAUUUAUUAUUAUUGUUCUUUUUUUUUUACCUUGGAUAUGUAAUGAACAUGGCAGAUGCUACUGUCUCAGAAAUUAUUUUGUCUGUAAAAAUGUCAAAUAAACACAUUUAUGUUAAUUUACACACCUUAUACUGUUUCAGAUACUUUUUUAUUUGAUUACUUGUUCUUUUAGGCCCAAAACAUUAUAUUAAUUUAAUGGGGGGACUGACUGCACUUUCCAAAUGGUCUGUAGGUUUGAAUGUAAGCAUAAAUGGUUGUUUGUCUCUUCGCGUCCUGCAAUUGGAUGACAGCCAGUUCAGGCUGCACCCCGACCUGCACUUAGGCAUCUGGGAUAGUCUCAAACACCUCCAUGACCACCCCUGAAGUUAGGCAGCACAGAAAGAUAACUCAUAACAAAAUACCAUAUUGAUACAUUUCCUAUAAUUUAUCUUUUUAUCUUAUUAAGACUUUUAUUUUUCUCACUAUUGUUUCUAUUUCUUGUUCUUUCAUAAAUAUGUUUUACACAUGAUUUUAACUUCUAAUUAUGUUUUAUUUUAUUAUUAUUAUUGCCUUAUUGUAUUUUUAUCCUUCUUAUAAAGCGAGGACAGUGUGUUAUGUUCCGCCCGUA